CUUAAGGGACUCCAAUCCUCAGCAAUGUUUGGUAACUCGCGUAAAAUCCGGAAAAAGUUUAUUCGUAUCAUAAAUUCCGGCAUUUAUAUUUUUUUGGAACUCUUCUUUGAAAAAAGAAUAAGAAUUCACAGAUGUAAACAAACGGAAAUGGAGGGGAAUUGUAUACGAGAAAGAGAUAAGAAAGGUCGGUUCAAGAAAGCCUCGUCUACUGCUACUAUAACCAUUAGCACAUGUACCGAUGAAAAUAACAACCACCCUGACUUCACCGAUGUCAACAGCGAAGAUCCACUAGCACAGGUAGAUGAAUAUGAUGAAAAUAAAGAGACAUUUGACCUGUUCCAAGGCAGAAGAGUUGUUGAAUUUUCAAUUCUGGUGGAUCAUUUGCAAAGAGGGUGCUUUCUGUGUCAUACGCCUUUGGAUCUUGUUGACUGUGAAGAAGAGAGAUGUUAUGGACUAGCCAGCUUACUGUAUGUGAGAUGCAGGAAGUGCGACGAACUGACGAUCAUUCCAACUGGUAAACGACACAAUAUAGGUCAGAAUGGUCAAGGUCCUUUUGAUAUCAACACCAAACUUGCUGUUGAUAAAUGAUGAGUUGAGUUUGUCGCCCAGGAUUACAAAGCGCACAUCUAUCAUUACUGCUGUGUCCAAAUUCAUGGAAGAGAGAUAACUCUACAUUCUGAAAAUUGAUGUCAUAUUGAUUUCAGUCAUUAUCUUUUAUAUUUUACUGGAUACAAUGCAAUUUAUUUUUAUUUUUGUAAUCCUUUCACCCAAUGGAUAUUUUGUUUAGGCAGCAAACAAGUCAACAUACAGUAUAUGAAAUACAAUUUGAUGAAACUGAGAUAACUCUUUUUGUUUUCUAUUAUUUACUGUAUACGUAAUGAUCAAUUAUCUCAUAAGAUCAC